AUGCCGCUGGAAUCGACAAUGAUAUGUUUGGACAACUCGGAAUGGAUGCGUAAUGGGGACUACAUUCCCUCGCGUCUAGAGGCUCAACAUGAUGCUGCUAAUCUUUUAUGUGGUACAAAGACUCAAGCAAAUCCAGAGAGUACCGUGGGUGUACUUGCUAUGGCUGGAAAGAGCAUUCAGGUCCUGGCAUCUCCAACGGAUGACAUGGGAUCGUUGCUAAGUGCUAUUCAUCGUGUACAAAUUGGUGGAACAAUGAAGCUUGCAAAUGCCAUACAAGUAGCGCAGCUUGCACUUAAGCACCGACGCAAUAAAACAGGUGGUCAACGCGUAGUGGUAUUUAUUGGCUCACCCAUUGAAGAAGAUGAGAAACAGCUGACCAAGAUUGGCAAGCUACUUAAGAAGAAUAAUAUUGCUGUUGAUGUGGUCAGCAUGGGCGAAUUGGAUGCCAAUGCUGCUAAAUUGCAGGCAUUUGUAGACGCAGCCAGUAGUAACAACAACAGUCACCUCGUGACAGUACCAGCAGGAGUACUGCCCUCGGAUGUACUAGUAUCGUCACCUGUACUACACGGAGACGAUGGUGCUGCUGCCGCAGCUGCUAGCGGUGGUGACGGUGGCAAUGAUUCUUUUGCCGAGUACGGUGGCGUGGAUCCAAGCAUGGACCCUGAAUUAGCCUUGGCUCUACGUGUUUCAAUGGAAGAGGAACGUGCUCGCCAGGAGGCGGCCCAAAAGCGCGCAGCCGAGGCUGAGGCUGUUGUUGCUCCUGCCGCAGCUCCAGACUCGGAGCUUCCUGCACAAUCCACAGACGCCGCAUCUGCAGCAGUGAAACCCAAGCAACCUACCCAAAUGUCACCAUCCGCGACUGGAGCAGCUAUGAUCCCGACGGCCACAUCGGCGCCUCUUCCAGCACCAGCGUCCAACUUGCCGUUUAUGGACCCUAAAUUUGUCAAUUCAUUGCUGUCAGGAUUGCCUGGCGUGGACCCAAAUGAUCCAAAGAUUCAGGCUGCUAUGGCGCAGCUGGCGAAGAAAGACGAGAAGAAGGAUGACGACGACGAGGAGGAGAAGAAGGAGGACAAAUAG